GAGCAGGGGCUCGUGCUGGAGGACUGCACAGCAAGCGUGUUCUUGGACGAGAUGCGCCCCCAUCGGAUGGGCGGCCUGAUCGAUGGCUGGGCUGCACGAUCCUGGACACGAGACCUCCUAGUAGAGCAGUUUGGGCGCUUGGAGUUCCGAGCUCGGCCUUGCGAGACACUUAAUCAGUACGGCUACGCUGGACCAUCCGAGCGCUACGUAUCUUUGGAGGAGUACUUGUCGGCGGAUUUUGACGGCAGGUCCGUCGUUUUCGAGAACGACUUCGAGAGUAACCGGCACGAGCUUCUGGAAA